CGAGAGAAAGGGAGGAUCCGAUGAGAGAGAGGGAAGAGCGGACGAGAGAGAGGGAAGAGCGGACGAGAGAGAGGGAGGAGUGGAUGAGAGAGAGGGAGGAGCGGACGAGAGAGAGGGAGGAGUGGACGAGAGAGAGGGAAGAGCGGACGAGAGAGAGGGAGGAUCCGACGAGAGAGAGGGAGGAUCCGACGAGAGAGAGGGAGGAGCCGAGGAGAGAGAGGGAGGAGCCGCGGAGAGAGAUGGAGGAUCCGAGGAGAGAGAGGGAGGAGCCGAGGAGAGAGAGGGAGGAGCCGCGGAGAGAGAGGGAGGAGCCGCGGAGAGAGAGGGAGGAGCCGAGGAGAGAGAGGGAGGAGCCGCGGAGAGAGAGGGAGGAGCCGGCGAGAGAGAGGGAGGAGCGGACGAGAGAGAGGGAGGAGCCGCGGAGAGAGAGGGAGGAGCCGGCGAGAGAGAGGGAGGAGCCGACGAGAGAGAUGGAGGAUCCGACGAGAGAGAUGGAGGAUCCGACGAGAGAGAGGGAGGAGCCGAGGAGAGAGAGGGAGGAGCCGCGGAGAGAGAUGGAGGAUCCGAGGAGAGAGAGGGAGGAGCCGCGGAGAGAGAGGGAGGAGCCGCGGAGAGAGAGGGAGGAGCCGAGGAGAGAGAGGGAGGAGCCGCGGAGAGAGAGGGAAGAGCGGACGAGAGAGAGGGAGGAGCGGACGAGAGAGAGGGAGGAGUGGACGAGAGAAAGGGAGGAGUGGACGAGAGAGAGGGAGGAGCGGACGAGAGAGAGGGAGGAGCGGACGAGAGAGAGGGAGGAGUGGAUGAGAGAGAGGGAAGAGCGGACGAGAGAGAGGGAGGAGCCGCGGAGAGAGAGGGAGGAGCCGGCGAGAGAGAGGGAGGAGCCGACGAGAGAGAUGGAGGAUCCGAGGAGAGAGAUGGAGGAUCCGACGAGAGAGAGGGAGGAGCCGAGGAGAGAGAGGGAGGAUCCGAAGGGAGAGAUGGAGGAUCCGACGAGAGAGAGGGAGGAGCUGAGGAGAGAGAGGGAGGAGCCGAGGAGAGAGAGGGAGGAGCCGAGGAGAGAGAGGGAGGAGCCGAGGAGAGAGAGGGAGGAGCCGAGGAGAGUGAGGGAGGAGCCGAGGACAGAGAGGGAGGAGCGGAUGGAAGUGGAGGUGCCGAAGAGAGAGAGGGAGGAGCCGAUGAGAGAGAGGGAGGAGCCGAUGGAAGUGGAGGUGCCCCGGGGAGGGGGGGUCAGCCCCAGCGGGGGGGCAGUGUGGCUGGGGGAGGAGCUGGCGUUGAUGAGGAGAGGCCUCGAGUACAGAGAGGACCCAGGAGAGCUGCAGUUUGGACCCAGGCACACCGUGCUCAUCAACCUUCUGGAUUUCAAAAAGGACAAGAAGCUGCGGCCGCAGCCUGGAUCCAAUUUGUGGAACAGUGACCACGUUAAAAUGCCAAACUCCACGAGGAACACGUUCAACAAGCAAGGGAUGUUUGGGAGUGACGAAAAACUUCGUUGGGAUUUGAUAAAAAAGAAGCUCAGCAAGCUGUCAAAUGUCACUAAAUCUGAAACCAUCGAGGAGGUGAUCAAGUCCUACAAUGUGAAUUACAAGACCGAGUGGAAGUUUGAUGCGCUGCACAAAUACUUUGAGACUGAGGAGCCUAAGCGUGAGCUGUUUAGAGUUGUGAAGGCCAUGGCUGAACUGGCUCUCAAGCUACCAGACAUCUGCCCCAAAGCUAUCCCCCUCCUGAAGCAGGGCACGUCUCACUCCCUCACCCUGUCCCAGGAACAGAUCUCCUGCCUCCUGGCCAACGCCUUCUUCUGCACCUUCCCUCACCGUAACUCCACCCACCCGCGAGCCGAGUACAGCAACUACCCCGACAUCAACUUCAACAGGCUGUUUGGAGAAAGUUCAAAAAGGAAGCAACAAAAACUGAAGACAAUCUUCCAGUACUUCAGGAGUGUUACAGAGGAGCCUCCGCAGGGUCUGGUGACGUUCGAGAGACGAAGCCUUGCGGGACGAUGUGACUGGAAACGCUGUGAUUCCAAGAUCAGUAAACUUCACAUCACUUCAAAGGGCACAAUUGAGAAGGAUGGGACGGGAAUGCUCCAGGUUGAUUUUGCCUGUGCGAUGGUCGGCGGGGGGGUUCUGGGUUCUGGUCUGAUUCAGGAGGAGAUCCGGUUCCUGACCCACACGGAGCUCAUCGUGUCUCGACUCUUCACUGAGAAGCUGGGCGAUUGUGACGCGCUGUGCAUCACCGGGCCCCAGUGCUACAGCGAGUACUCCGGCUACAGCGACACGUACAGCUGGGACGGGCCUCACACAGACACCACAGACAGGGACAGGUGGAUGAGACGCUGCACUAAGAUCGUUGCCAUCGACGCCAUCAAAUUCAAAAAUGAACAGCAGCAGUUUGAGAUGAAAAACGUGGACAGAGAGCUCAACAAGGCGUACUGUGGGUUCAAACCCCGAGUUCAAGCACAGUGCUACCUCCCUGUGGCGACUGGGAACUGGGGCUGUGGAGCCUUCAAUGGAGACAUCAAGCUGAAAGCUCUCAUCCAGAUAAUGGCGGCCUCCAAGGCGAGCAGAGACAUCAUGUACUUCACCUUCGGUAACAAGGACCUGGUGCAGGAGAUCUGGAACAUGCACAACUUCCUGCAAAAACAGCACUUCACAGUCGGUAAACUCUACAGUGUACUGGAGACGUACUGUGAAAGAAAGCGCUCCCGUUCAGCAGGGGACCUGUAUGAUUUUAUCUACCACUCCUACGCGGAUUUGAAAAGCAAACAUUAAAACAGCAGGCAAUCCCAGCCAGCCAGUUAACACGCAGCCUCUGAAUGCCAGUGUCCGGGUCUGGGUUUGAUAACUGAACCGGGGGGUAAAGUGACCCGACCAAAAGGGUUCCACGAGGUCAAAAAGAAAUGGCCUGAAAGAACAUUUAAAGAUACAGCUACUCCCUGACAACCCUAAACUACUUCCAAAUUUUAAACCGGUAUGAUUGACUGGGAAUAAAUCAUUAAAAAAGAGGGGGCAAUAUUAAUAUAUAAUGAAUGAUUAUUUUAAAACCUGAAUGAAGGAGAAGAAAUAACAGAUAAUGCAUACAUGACUAUGCAGUACACAGACAGAGACAGGAUGCUUUUGAUUUUCUGUUCAUGUUACAUUUUAUUCUUUGAUAUAAAUAUAUAUAAAUAAAUACUAAUAUCCACUAACUUCAUGAUUUAAUGAAGCUUCUUGACUUGUAUUGCUUGGAAGGGUAAGGUAUAGGGAGGAUGCAGAUUCAUUUUCUCAAGCGAUCACUGCCUCCAAUCAACUACACAGAACUCCUGUAUGUGUGUAACUGUGUGCUGUACACUGUGGUGUUAUCCAUGCAAAUAAACAACACUGUGUAAAUACAUGCAG